AUGCAGUUUGAUACAUGGCCUGACGACUUACAGCUGUACCUACUGAGCGAUUCUAAAGACGGCGUCUCGUUGUUUGACCACACGUCUGGAGCCUCUCUCGCUCCUCCCGAUACAGCUGACAGUGCGUCUCGCUCACUGUGGCUUACCCGUGACGCUGCCGCUCGCCUAGCCGUUCGCAACCACCUGCCGUUAGCCGAACGCGCUCACUUUGGCCAGCACAAGACUGCUAAAGCCCUGUUCGACGCUGUAGUCGCUCGUUACUCCUCCCCUGCCACUGCUGCUCUCGGCCGCCUUAUACUGCCCUACCUUUUUCCCGAGCUGUCAGCCUUUGCCUCAGUCGAUGUCCUCAUCACCCACCUUCGCACUAGCGACACUCGCUACCGCGCCGCGCUUAAAGCUGAGUUCGUAGACAAGAACCCGCCCCCGAUGUACAGCACUCUCUACUUCAUAGUCAUACGCCUCCCUGAUUCUCUUCACGCAGUCAGGGACCACGUUCUCGCCCUUGACCCCACGUCAGUCGACCUGCUCGAGAAGCACCUCCUUGCAGCUGAGACUAGCAUAGUCGCUGUAGGUGCUGCUCGUGGCACUCCUCGCACUCCCUUCUUUAAGGGGUGUUCCCCCUCCCCCAUUGCCACCUCCUCCGCUUCUGCUGCUGCUGUUGACUUCCUUGGUGUAAAGGAUGUCGGGGCUGCGUCUGCUCCUAGUGGGAGGCGCCGCAGCGGCAAGGGCAAGGGAGGCAAGAGUGGUGGAGGUGGCGGCAGGGGAGGCGGUGGUGGAGGCGGUGGAGGCGGUGGAGGUGGCGGUGGUGGCGGUGGGAGUGGUGGCGGGACUGGGGGCGUGGGUGGCGGCGGUGGUGGUAGGGGUGGGAGUAGUAGCGGCAGUGGUGGCGGCAGUGGGAGUGGUGGCGGCGGUGGUGGCAGCAGUGGGAGUGGUGGCGGCGGCAGUGGUGGUGGUCGGGGUGGAGCCGUUAAGAGGGGAGGUUCUGGCAGUGGCCGGAGGCAGCAGGAGCAGCGUCCGCGUGAGACCCUUAUGCCCCAGCAGCUUCGUGAGUGGUUUGCUCAGCGUGGGGCGUCUGGGGGUAGUGUUCGCUGCCCGUACGUCAUUCGCACAGAGUUUGGCAACGAGGCAGAGCUUCUCCGCUGGCUAGAGCUGCUUAGGUCUGGUGUUGAUAUCUUUGCUCUUGACUAUGACGCUAUAUUUGCUGCCAUGCAUGCUUUGACUGUUAGUGCUAAGGGUGACUGUUACCUGUGUGUGCCGCCCGACCCAGGUAUAGAGGCUGCUGCUCUAGGUGCUAGUGAGUCUGCUCCCUCUGGUACUGCGCCUGCUGAGGCCUUGCACACCUUCACGCUGGACUCUGUUUCUUUCGCAACAGUACCACAGUCACACCACUCCCUGCACCCGUUGCAGUCUCACUGGCUGACCCCUCUGGGGGCCCGGUUCUUGCACGUUCCUCCACCUUUCUCCCGUGUCCGGCGGUUUCGUCCGGCUUAG